UAACUGCCUUUUCUGUUAAGCUUGCGGGUAAAGUUACCGUUUUGAGCGACCAGCUUUGAAAUCGUAACACCCCUUAUUCCACUUUCCUCUAGAAAGGUCGGUUUACCUCGGUAUUCAUAAUAUAACACUUGGGAUUCCAACAUAUAUAAAAGUUACAGGCCACUGUGCGACUACUAUGGGAAUCAUGGCUUUCAAUCACCCUUUUCACUAAGUAUCCGCAAUGGCCAACAUUCCGAAAACCAUGAAGGCGUGGGUCGCCACUCGAGCCGGAGUAUAUAAAGAUGUUCUUGAGUUAAAGGCCAAUUGGCCGACUCCACCGCUACCGAAGGCUGGAGAGAUAAUGAUUAGAGUCUCUUACGUAGCGCUGAAUCCUGGAGAUAUCAAGUUGAUGGCGCUAAGGAUCCCAUGCAAACAAGACACUAUUCCCGGCAUGGACUUCGUUGGAGAAGUUGUCCAAGUCGGACCGUCGGCUUCGAAAUCUAACCUGGAUAUGGAUAUCGGAAUGGUCGUGGCGGGUACCGUGCCCGUGGCGAACAUAUUGUGUGGCACAGGUGUCCUAGCUGAAUACGCCGUGUUCCCUGCUCACAUGGCUGUAAUGAAGCCCGUAACUUUGGAUGAAUCUGUCGCACCUGGAAUUCUAGGAGUAGCUGGCCAGACUACGGCCGUGCUACUACGCGCGGCGGAUUUGAAGAAAGGUGAACGGGUAUUGGUGAAUGGUGCUAGCGGUGGGGUGGGUUCCAUCUUGCUCCAGGCACUCCGUGGGAUGAGUGUACAUGUUACAGGCGUCUGCUCGGCGAAGAACGAAGCUUUCGUUCGGAGGUUAGGUGCUGAAGAGGUUGUGGACUACACAGCUCGUGAAUCUCUCUACGACCAUCUCACUUCGCUAUACGCGGUAUCUUCGAAAGGUCCCUUUGACGUUGUUGUCGACUGCGUCGGGGAUGAAACACUUUAUCACCGCUCCCACGGGUAUCUGAAACCCGAUGGUAAAUUCCUUUCCAUCGAAGCAGGGCCUUUUGGAUUUCUUCAACAAUUCAAGAAUAAUUACUGGCCUGUCAUACUCGGGGGGACACCGGCUACUUUCAUAAACAUCCUUAGUAAGCCAAGCGGUUAUUCUGCUAAAGAGGUUGUGAACUUGUUCGAAAAGGGGUGGAUUCGGGAGGUUCCCGUAGACUCCACAUUCGAAAUGAACAAUGUUAUACAGGUAAAUUAUUAUAACGCUAAGGCGGAUCUAUGAAGCUAACAGUUUAUAUCUAGGCCUUUGAUAGGCUGGCCACGAAAAGGGCUGUAGGCAAAAUAUUCGUGAAGGUGAAUUAAAGAAUAGUGCACCGGAGGCAUAGUAGUCCACGGCUAUCUUUCAGCACAUCGCCUUUGAUAUACUAUGAGAACUAGCUAUUAUAACCCUACAUUAAUAUAGAGACGAGAUAACUAUGGGCUGGAUAUUUCGAUGUAUCAUAUUAAUGUGUUUAGGCCGGCUAUAAAACUUGCACGGCUGCCUGGCAAGUCGUUCAUCUAGCUACGAGGAAGGUUAUAAGGUUAGGAUUAGGAUUAGGGUUAGGGUUAAGAUUAGUAUUAGAUGAUUAAAAAAAGAAAAAAAUUAAAAUUAUAGAUUAGAAACUGAAAAAUUUAAAGAUCAUUAUAUUAACAC